AUGUCCUCGUUCAACUCCACGACAUCGAAUCCGCAGAAGACAUUGCGCAGCUCCUCAUCGUCAUUCAGCGAAGAAAAUAUCGGUCUGCCAGACUACGCGCAGAAUUCCCUCCAACAUGUCGACCUCCCAGUCUUGACUUUAAUAUCCCAUGGCCAUGCGCCUCCUCUCGACCCGCAACCUCAAUUAAGGUUCGAUGUGCGAAAUCUCCCCAAUCCACCAAAACACAUCAGAGAUGCGUUCAAUGGCACUUCGAGGAGGUUACAGGAAUGGAUGCUAUCCGACACCAAGUUCUGCGGCAGAAGAGAUGCUAUCAGAAUAGAGAUUGAAGUGGAAAUAACGAAGAUGAACGCGGAGCGGGAGCAGAAUGCUGUCCUAAAGUCAAGACACGACGCUGAAAGAGACCUGGGCGAAGCGCAAGGGGAAACGCAAAUUGAAAUGAAUUUCUCAGCAGACCAGCCAGAAGAUGGCGAUGCCAUCCCAAGUGGAAUGGACUCCAGGUCGGAAAAAGCGGAAUGGGCUGAUCCGUCGAGACUUCGAGUGGGCAUAUCUUGCGCCAUGGGACGGCAUAGAAGUGUCGCGAUGGUAGAAGAGCUCGCAAAGAUGUCCUGGCCUGGCUGGCAAGUCGAGCUUCAACACAGGGAUCUGAACAACAAGCCAGGCAGUGGCAGGAAAGCUGGUGCUAAGAAGAGUCGCGGAACGAGAGGAGGUGGCAUCCCUUCUUAUUUUGAGUUCGAUUGA